AUGGCUACACUGGCAUUCAAGCUAUCCAGAAAAGCUUGCAUCUAUCAUUGUUGCACAUAUCAUAUUAUACGCUUGUUCGAAUUUCAUGGUUCUUUAUUUUUCGCUUUCUUUCUGCAGACCAUGUACUCAUGGAUAUCUUGGAUUAUCCCGGUUUUGUUUUUCUGGAAAAUUGUAAUUCCGUUUCUGCUAAUUGUUUUCCGAUACACCCUCGGACGUAAAUGGUAUUCCAAACGGAAUCACUUACGAAAAGCCGGUGAAUGGGCUAUCGUGACCGGUGCUACUGCUGGGAUCGGGAAAGCCUAUGCUGAGGAAUUGGCCUCGGACGGUUUGAAUGUUAUGAUUAUUAGUCGUUCCCAACAAAAAUUGGAUGAAUUUGCGAAGGAAUUGCAAGAGAAGUACAACGUGCAAGUCAAAACUGUCCAGGCGGACUUUACACAAGUGAGUGAAGUUGAUCAGCUCCCAUCAAUCGCUUGUUUGGUCAAUAAUGUGGGCAUGGUCAAUGUGAAUCCACUCAGUUUUCCUUUUGCUGAUGAAAUGUCUCUACGGGAUAUCGAACGCUUUGUGUCUUGUAAUUGUAUCUCGAUGGCCUCCAUGAUACAUAUAGUUUUGCCGAGAUUGGUGGAACAAAAUUCCGGCGCAGCGGUGAUCAAUUUGUCCUCAUUCAGUGGUUGCAACCCAUUGCCCUACCUGACCCUGUACAGUGGAACCAAAGCGUUCGAUCGGCAUUUGUCCAAUUCAUUGGCGGUCGAACUGAACGACCGAAAUGUGAUAGUACAGACUGUGUGCCCAAUGUACGUGGCCACUUCAAUGGUCGGACGUCGACGAGGAUUUUUUGUCCUCGAUCCGCGGGAGUAUGUACGCAGCGCCCUGAACCAAUUGGGAGUGGAAACCCUAACAUACGGACAUUGGAUUCAUGCGUUGCAAAUAUUCUAUUUCUCUUUUCUGCCACAGAGUCUUAUUAUACUCAGUAAUCUAUAUUUACAGAAUGUUUUUGUUUUGUAUGAGCAAACAAAUUGCCCAGUACUAUUGAUGUCUCUCCAGAAAGGCACAUUUAUAGAUGUUUUGUCCUGA